AUGGCGACCCACAGCAUUCCCCAGACACUGGAUGGCAAACUGGCCAUUGUAAGCGGCAGCGCAGUAGGCAUCGGUGCUGCUACCUGCGUCGAACUCGCAAAUCGGGGAGCGACUGUUGUGGUCAACUACCCUUGGCCGUCUCAGCGCAAUGACGCCCUUGUUGUGCUCGAGAAGAUCAAGCAGGGAGGAGGCCUUGCUUCAGGCCGAUGCAUAGUUAUCGAGGCCGACCUGUCCACUAAGGAUGGGCCCAAGCAUCUGGUUGAUGAGACGGUGCGCCAGAUGGGCUGCAAAGUUGACAUCCUGGUCAACAAUGCCGGUAUCGCCAUCAUGAAGCCCCUGGAGGAGAUCACGCCGGAUCAAUGGGACAAGCAAGUCAAUCUCAACGCUAGGGGCACCAUGCUGUUGACGCAGGCCGUCUUGCCACAUCUUAAUCGCAACAGCCGCAUUGUCAGUGUCAGCAGUGUCGGGGCUCGGCAGGGCUACGUUGGCGCCACCAUCUAUAACGGCACCAAAUCCAUGGUGGAGAGCUUCACGCGCUGUUGGGCAUUGGAACUGGGUCCUAGCUUGGGAUGCACAGUAAACGCUAUCGCCCCUGGUCCUGUCAAGACUAGUGGUUUUCAGAGUUCUGGCAAGGAAUUUCUCGCCAAGAUUCAGCCAAUGCUAGACGCGACUCCCAUUGGAGCUAGGAUGGCAGAGCCUGAAGAGAUUGCCCAUGCGGUCGGGUUCCUCUGCGAACCGAAAUCCCAGUGGAUCACUGGUGUCUGCCUCAGUGUUAACGGUGGUUUCUUAAUGACAUGA